AUGGUCAAGAAACGAGCCUCCAAUGGUCGCAACAAGAAGGGCAGAGGCAGAGUCAAGCCCGUUCGGUGUUCCAACUGCUCUCGCUGCGUGCCCAAAGAUAAAGCCAUCAAGAGAUUCACCAUCCGUAACAUGGUCGAAUCGGCAGCAAUCCGUGAUAUUUCCGACGCGUCCGUGUUCGCCGACUACGCCGUCCCCAAGAUGUACCUGAAGCUCCAGUACUGCGUGUCGUGCGCCAUCCACGGCAAGAUUGUGCGAGUCCGGUCGCGCAUCGGCCGCCGAAACCGUGCCCCGCCCCCGCGAGUCCGAUACAACAAGGACGGUAAGAAGGUCAACCCCCAGCAGGCCGCUAAGACCGCGCAGGCUUAA